GAUGUACAGUUUACGGUAAAGAGGUCGUUACUGUCACGGAUCCUUUCUGAUGUUGUUAUUCCUAGUCUUAGAUGGAACUUCUGAAUGACCUCGGCUUGAAAACUUAAGAGAUUCCAAGAAUAUCUAAGUCUUGUUUCAAUAAAGGACUAACACUAUGUCUUUGUCAGACAGAGAAUGGGAUGACUUGAAGGCUUUGUUGGAUAAAACUGUUCAGAAAUUUUUAGGAUUCAGUGAGACAGCUCUGGUUACAGCAGCUCUCAACUGCAUAGAUAAAGGUUAUGAUAAACACAAAACUGUAGAUAAAUUGCUGGUGAUUCUAGAUGAAGGUCAGGCAAAGCGCUUCGCUGACAAGUUAUUCGGAGUUUGGGAAGAUUACAAAGCAUCCAACAGAAAUGCAAGGAAGAAGAGAAAGGAUGAUCGUGAUGAAGGAACAGAAACUAAAAGGAAGAGGAGAUUUGUCGAUGAUGGUCCGCCCGCCAUUCCUGGACCUGGGAACCCAAGUCCUGGCCAGCUCACUACUGACAAGAUCAAAGAGAUGAUGCAGAAUGCACAGAAAAUAAUUGAAGAAAGAAAAACACAGUUGAUGGUGACUGUGCCAUCUGCUUCAAAGCCGUCCAUGUCUCAAACUCAAGUGUUAAUGUCAGAUGCCAUGGAGAAGGCUAAACGAGCAGCUGAACUCCAGGCAAUGAUACAGAAUAAGAUGUCCAGUCUCACAGCAUCAGGGGUACAGAUUCCUAAUUUGAAACAGCUCCCUUUACAAAACAAACCAACACCCCUGAUUUUAGAUGAGGAAGGAAGAACAAUAGAUGCUAUGACAGGACAAGCAGUCCAACUACAGCAUCAUACACCCACGCUCAAGGCAAAUAUCCGAGCAAAAAGACGUGAACAAUUCAAAGGAUUGAUAGAGAAACCACCAGAAGAAAUCAGUGAAAGUCGAUUCUUUGAUUCCAGAGUUGAGGCAAAGAGUGCCCAGAGACAAAGACGUUCCUUCAAGUUCCAUGAAAUUGGAAAGUUUGAACAAAUGGCUGGCAGGCUUCGAGCAAAGGCACAGUUAGACAGACUGCAGAAUGAAAUUGCCUACGCAGCCAAGAAGACUGGAAUUGCAUCUGCAGCAAAAUUAGCAACACUUGCUCCAAAGAAAGAACUGCAAGAAGGUGAGGUUCCAGACAUGGAAUGGUGGGAUGCUUAUGUCCUGACAGGAGAUCAUUAUGCAGAAGAAGGCAACAUUGAGCGAGAGAAACUAUAUGGUAUUACAAAUCUAGUGGAACAUCCGAUACAGAUGAAGCCUCCAGCUGAACCAGAGAAGGCCCCAGAGAUUCCUGUUUAUCUCACAAAGAAAGAGCGAAAGAAGUUACGACGUCAAAACAGACAGGAAGCUCAAAAAGAUGAACAAGAAAAGAUUCGACUUGGUUUGCAACCUCCACCAGAACCAAAAGUGAGGAUGGCCAACCUGAUGAGAGUUCUGGGGAACGAAGCAGUACAAGAUCCUACGAAGAUUGAGGCACAUGUCCGUGCACAGAUGGAAAAACGCCAAAAACAACAUGAGGAAACAAAUGCAGCAAGGAAGUUAACUUCAGAACAGAGGAAGGAAAAGAAAGCCAAAAAAAUCAAGGAGGAUGUAUCACUGGGUGUUCAUGUUAGUGUAUAUAGGAUACGAGAUUUAACAAAUGCCUCCAAAAAGUUUAAGAUCGAAACUAAUGCUAAACAGCUAUACAUGACAGGAAUUGUGGUGCUCUAUAGGGACUGUAAUGCUGUGGUUGUAGAGGGAGGCCCAAAACAACAAAGAAAGUUUAAGAGGUUGAUGUUACACCGAAUAAAAUGGGAAGAGGACCAGCAUAAAGGCAAAAAGAAAGACGAUGAUGACAGCGAUUCUGAGGAGGAAUCAGAUAAAACAAACAAAUGUCACCUUGUUUGGGAGGGAACGACAACAGCAAGAGCAUUUGGUGAGAUGAAAUUUAAAGUGUGUCCCACAGAACUUUUUGCUCGUGAACAUUUUAAAAAGUGUGGUGUGGAGCAGUACUGGGAUUUAGCUUACCGUGGUGCUAUCAUGGAUUCUGCUGGUGAUGAUGACCUUUGACCACAGACAUUUGUCUAUAAUUUCUUAAUGUCUUCAUUUUGGAGUUAUUUUCUAAAGAUAAGACCACAGCUUGACAGAGGAUGGAGACUGUCCAGAUCUGACCUCUGACCUGCUGGUGAUGAUGACCUUUGACCACAGACUUUGUAGCAAUUUCUUAACGUCUUCAUUUUGGAGUUGUUUUCUAAAAGGUGAUUCCAUGACCUCUGAACUUUUGAAGAUCGUCUUUGAACUUUGACCUCUACCAGAGACUGGUUUUUUCUACCAUGUACAGCUGGUAGUGUUGUGAAGCAACAUGUGCUACUUAUAUUAAGUGAUUUUACACUUACAAAUGUGCAUCUGAUAAACAAGGCCCUAUUUCUAUUGAAGUGACUGUAUUUUUACCUCUGCAGAAAAUAUUAUACUUAAAAAUAUUUUCAAAGUUAUCUGAAAAUAACUGUUUAUGAUGAAAUGAUGUAUUGGAAAGGAUCAACAGUUGGGUAUGAGGUGAGUAUUUAUGUUAAAUACAGAAUCCUGUAGGAGAGUAGCUACUCUGUCCAACAUCUGUCAUGUCAGAGAGGUUGAUGUGAAUACACAUGGCUACCAAUCUUAGUUCACCAUAUCAUAACCUAAAAUUUUAGACAUUGCAAACUAUUAAUGGACUUGGUGUGUAUCUUGAAUGAAGGAGGUAUAAAAUUUUCUGCAAAGGUGAUCAGGGCUGGAUCCAAUUCUUUUUCCAUCACCAUUGUCCUCAUUGGGAUUAUGACUUGUAUAUUUUGUGUACCAAGGAUAUCAGCGCUGCAGGUCUGAAAUAUCUCCUGCAAAAUUUUGGAAAAUAAUGAAUAAAUGUUGUUUACAUAUAUAUAUACAUGUGAGGGAGUUGUCAAAUGUUUUUUUUUAUUCAUGAGCGAAAGAGACAUUAAUUUGAAAUUAAAUCAAUCAAACAUUUUAA